GAAACUCUCUCUCCAGGUCAAGCUCCUCACCACAGCCCGCGGCCCCGCCGGCCUCUGCAGCCAGCCCCGACGGGCCAGGACAGCGACACGCUCAGAGCUCAUAUUUCCCAGCAGCCCACCAGUAGGUUAACUGAGCAGCGACUGCGCACCAGGACCUCGAGCACCGCCUCGGUCUUCACCCUGUGGGGUUGGCCCUGUCACCCCUGGUUGACAGAAGAGCCGACUAAGUUGCGCAUUCAGAGAGGAGCCGGAACUCAGCCCCAGAACCCAGCUCCCGGCCAGAGCUGUUACCUGUUAAGUGGACUGCUUUGUCCGGUGGUGAGCAGCCCGCCACUGGGAGAAUCCAAGCAAGACUGCCAUGGAGGAGCAUUCAUACUCAGACCCAGCAGAGUUCCCAAAGUUUUCCAGAAGGCGGCGAUGCUGUGGGCAGAGAAUGCAGCUGGCGCUGUUGGGGCUGGCGACCGUCCUGCUGUGGGCCGGGCUGCUGACCCUGCUUCUCUUCUGGCACUGGGACACCGUGCAGAAUCUGAGACAGCUAGAAGUAACCGCUGCCCGGAACGUCUCUCGGGUUUCCAAGGACUUGGAAAGACACAAUGGUGACCAGAUGGCCCAGAAAUCCCAGGCUGCCCGGGUAUCACAGAACAUGGAGGAAAUCCGAGCUGAACAGGAGAGAAUGAAAGCUCAGGACUCCGAGCUCUCCCGGAACCUGGACGGACUUCGUUUGGACCUGAGCAACCUCAAGUCCUUGAACUUGAACGAGAGACACACAGCCCUACGUUCGUUGGAAAGACUCCAGCAGGAGGUGCUGAAGCUGUGGAUAGAGCUACACACGUCCAACGCCCGGACCCCAGGGGUGACUCCAGGAGAGACGCUGCCACCCAUUCUGCCUAUCAUACCCACCGUGCCGGCCAUGGCGCCAGCCACAACACUCACCACAGUGCCAGCCACGGCGCCCACCACGGUGCCCGUCACGGCGACCACCACGGUGCCAGCCACGACGCCCACCACGGCGCCCGCCACGGUGCCCACCACAGCAUCCGCCACGGUGCCCACCACAGCUGCCCCCCUGAGCCUCUCCUCCACCCCAGGCUCCACCUGCAACACGUGCCCCGAGAAGUGGGUCAGCUUCCAGAGGAAGUGCUACUACUUCGGUGCGGAACCCAAGAGGUGGAUCCAGGCACGGUUCGCGUGCAGCAAACUGCAGGGGCAGCUGGUCAGCAUCCACAGCCAAGAGGAGCAGGACUUCCUGGCCAGACACGCCAACAGGAAGGGCACCUGGAUUGGCCUUCGGGACCUGGACAGAGAGGGCGAGUUUAUAUGGAUGGACAAGGAACCCCUGAACUAUAGCAACUGGCGGCUGGGGGAACCCAACAACGGGGGCCAGGGCGAGGACUGUGUGAUGAUGCAGGGCUCCGGGCAGUGGAACGAUGCCUUCUGCGGCAGCCGGCUGGACGGCUGGGUGUGCGACCGGCUGGCCACGUGCUGACCGCCCGCCCACCCCCGCCGCCCCCCUGGGGUUCACCGGGACGUGCUCCGAGACCCAGACCCUGACAGUCCCCGGCCCCCCUGUCCGGUGCACCCCCUGUGUCGCUCCCCCACCUCAGACGCAGGAACAGCCAGGCCCACGGAGAGGCUCUGAGGACCCUCAACUAUUUGUGGCUAAGGUCCCGGCCCCAUCUUCUCCCGCCCAAACGGAAGAAGGCCUGUUGACCUGUCCCUGGCUUCUGCCAACUCCCCGGAGGGCCUGUCCCUUGCUCCUCAGCCCAGCUGGCCGUCACCACGCCCCUGUCUUCCAGCGCUCAGAGUACUCGCCUCAGAACUUUCCGGGGAGCAGAGGUGGAUGCCUCGGGCCCCUGUGUGCUUCCCCUGCCGGGCCCCCCCACCGUCUGCUGGAGUCAGGAGUAGACCACGUCCCCAGCCCACCCCUGGCCACCCCAGAUGUAGCCCCCGUGUCCUAGCCCCCCAGGGAGAAGACCCCUGGCUCGGGCAGCCAGGCUCCCCCCCAGCACACGUCAGUAAAACGGGGUGAGGACAGCUGCUUCCCAGGGGCCUCGCUGGCUCCCGUCUCCCAAUGUGGGAGCUGCGAGUCCCAGAACCCUCGGCCCGAGGCCACCUCGGGGUGUCCAGAGCAACUGAAAUGGUAUUUGCACCUCCCCACUCCCCCGCACCCCGCACCCCCACUCCUACUUCAUUACAAGAAGCAUUUACAAGACGGGGCUGGAGAUGAAGAUUGCCGGGUCCAAAGCAGCAGACAACACCCCUAGAACACUGUAGGGCCGGGCAGGGGACGGCCUGAGCUUAACCGCCAGCCCGGCCUGCAGGCAGGAGGGCAGGAGCGCACACACGAGAAGGGCCCAGGAUGGGCCUAGUGCCCAGAAGGCACUCGGGAGAUGCGGACAGGCCCACGGGUGGCCUGGUCACCCGAUCCAAAGGUGCUGGCCCCACCCAGACGCGGGUUUUGGGAGGCGUACAUGUCACCAGCCCUAGGUCUGGCCAAGUCAGUCCCUGCACCCGAGGCUGAGGAGGGAGGCAGGCCAGGAUGCCGGGACACCCUGAAUUACACUCCCCGCCCGCUCACCCCAUCCCCAACUCCUGGUCUAGAACAAGAAGAACCAGACUGCUCCUGGGCUUCUCGGGCCCCCUAGAGAAUCCAUGAGGAGAGGCCCGCGCUGGACCACCUGGGACCUGGGAGUCAAGGGCCAGGCCGAAGGGGCUGGGGAAGGCACUAGGGUGGCCCCCGGGGGGUGUCCUGGGGCCACGAAGGGGCAGGGGUAGAGCUAGGCCUAGGUUACCUGUCAUCUACCCACUGCUCACCCGAUUUCUGCCUCCUCCAGACGCCCCCUUGGAACUCCAGGCCAGUGUAUAACUGCCUACCUGAGCUCUCCAAAGGGGACUCCCGGCCCCUCUGCCACUCAGGCCAACGACGGGGUCACACUCGGCACCUGUCACCCUCACUGCUCCCUCCGAAUCCUCAGGGAAUGCCAUAUGCAGAAUCUGCCCACUUCCCACCACCUCCAGCAACUGCUUUGGUGUGGCCCCCCAUCCUAGCUUGCCUCAAUCUCCUUCUUCACUGCCUCACACCUUCCAGAAGUUUCCUUCUGGAUCUGAGGGGGGAAAAAAGAAAAGAAAAGAAAAGAAAAAUCAAAGUCUUACAGGGUGCUUUGCAAUUGCAGAAUCCCUGCAGCUUGCCUGGUCUCCCCAGCUUCUCCUCCGCUCUCGCCUUCCCCAACCCCAGCACCUGCACCAGCCUCCUCACUGGCACUUACACAUGGAGGCUCGCUCCUGCCUCAGGGCCUUUGCACAUGUCUCCUGCCCCACUUACUCCUCAGUGGGGGCUAUCUUGCAUUCCCCUUCCCUCCCAUUUAAAAUGACACCCCAGACUCCGGAUCGCUUGUAUCUCACCCUACUUUCUCACGACACUCUUCCCCUUCCAAGAAAAUGUGUCAUUCACUGAGAGGUGUGUUCUUACUGCUCCCCCCCCAAACCCCACCGGCCUCCCACCCCAGGCUUGACUGUGACCUUCAGGAGAGCAGGAGCUUUUGCUUUGUGACCCCCGCACCUGGCCCAUAGUAAGUGUUCAAUAAAUAUCUGUCAAAAAGA